CGCAGAGUUACUUCUUCUUCUUCUCCGGGGAAACUAACAGAUUUUUGCAGCAUUGUGUGCUGAUAACAAAGCCUUUAGCCGUCAUGGCUGCUUCUGCAAUAUCCUCACAGCCACUAGAGCAGACUCAAACGCAGACGCAGAUCAAGUCAGAUGAUCCAAAGAUUACAAUCCAGCAAAUCCUCGACAUCGUUAACAAUCUGCACACAACUGUUAAUAAAUCUCAGGACGCAGGUGCUGCUAUAGCGUCGACCAGGAGUGCUGGUCCUGAGCUUGUUCAUGUGUCUACUACUACUCCUAUAUCUCCAAGGAAUGCUCUGGAGACAGCGAUAAGUCUACCGCUUCCUGAUAAGAAGUCAGAAGGGAGAGAGGAUCAUCACAUCUCUAUGGUGCAACGUAACCUACGUUUGCUCAAAGAAGACGUGAUCAAGCUGCAAGAUCUUCGGAGCGAAGUCGCAGAGGAGGUGUGGAAACACAUUCGUCCGCUUCAAGGGCUUCUUGACAAAGUAAAGAAAGGGGAAGAGAAGUCUUCAAAAACUCAGCUUACUAAUGGUAUGAAGAAAGACUUGGAGGUUAUCAACAAGAAGAUCUUUAACUUAAUGUGUCAGGUCCCUUUGUUGCCCAACAAGCCCAAGAAACGUGGAGUCUCUGAUGAUCAUGACGGUGAUAAGAUUAACACCUGUAAAGGAAUUGUUUGCUUGCACGGUAUCCAUGCAACUGAAGAGGAUCUUAAGAAACGCGCGGUUUACAGAUAUGUACUAGGGGAGCUAGAGAAGCUUGAGGAUGACAAGAAGAUCUAUUUGUUAACCUUUGCUGUGUUCCCGGAGAAUCAAGAAGUGAACCGAACUAUGCUCAUGUAUUGGUGGAUCGGUGAGGGCGUCCUGCCUGUUGUUGGAGCUGAGUGUACUGUGAAGAGAGUUCUUGAGGAGUUCAUGGAGAAGCAGUUGAUUGAACCGGUCGAAAACAAGCGUAAAGUCGAGGCAAACAGCUAUAAGAUGAACCCUUUUGUGCAUUCUUCAUUGGUACUUAUGGCCAAGGAGAUAGGACUUUUUGAUAUGUAUAACCAUAAGACUCAGCCAAAGAUGAACAAGUCAAUACUAUACAAGGUCUGCCUUGUGGAAGACUCAUCAAGCCAGCAAGAAGCAAAAGCUAAGAAAAUGCCAGCGUUGGACAUUGAGACAGUGUUCAAUGUCUCCGAGAGGUUCCCUGACUUCGCGUUCAAGUGGUUCGCUGAGGAUCAACCAUCAGGGAAGAAGACAUUUGGUGGUCUAUCAAAACCUGUUUAUAAGAUGCUCAAAGUGUUUUAUCUAGGAAGAUGGGAGAGAACAGCGAACCGUCACAUCGAGGUAGAGAACCCUGAGGUUAUGAAGUACUUGAAGCAUAUGACUAAACUCAAGCUUCUGAGUUUUCAAGGGAUCUCAAGAAUUGAGAGGCUUGAUGAUGCUGUCUGUAAGCUACGUGAGCUGAUCAUCUUGGACCUCAGAGCAUGCUAUAAUCUUGAGAAACUUCCAGACAAGAUAGAUGCAUUGAAGGCGCUGAUUUACUUGGACAUUACAGAUUGUUACAUGAUAGAUAGAAUGCCUAAGAGGCUGUCGUGGCUGGAUAACUUGGAAGUUCUCAAGGGCUUUGUGGUUAGUGACGCUGAUGAGGAGACGGUUUGCACUUUAGUUGAGUUGAGGCAUUUGAAGAAGCUGAGAAAGCUAACCAUUACAAUAAACAAAGGGGGUUUCACUGUACUUGAACUCUUCAUGGCUAUUAAGGAUUUUAAAAUGCUGGAGAAGUUGAAAGUGGCGUGGGGAGGUAUAAAUAAACGUCCUGAGGACAAGAAGAUAGAUGGAGAAAACAAGGACAAGGUCGUAGGUGGAGGAAAGAAGCAGGAGCAAAAGGACAAGGCAAUUAUUAAGAAACAGGAGGGGCUCAUAAAAAGAACAGCGAGCAAGUUUUUCGCAGCAAAGGAGAAAGAUCUUGAGAAGCCAGAGCUUCCGGAGACACUGAAGAAACUGGACCUGCAGUGUUUUCCUGAUGCAGAGCUUCCUGAGUGGCUUGAGCCUAGAAAACUAGUUCAUCUGGAAAAACUGUACAUCAAAGGAGGAACAAAACUUACUGGAUUUGGAGUUUUACCUGCAAAUCCAACGGCAUGUAGUGUCAAGGUUUUGCGUCUGAAGUUUCUUCCCAAGCUAACAGUGGAGUGGAGAGACCUGAGGAAAAUGUACUUCCCAGAACUGAAAUUUUUGGAGAAGUAUCAGUGUCCUCAAGUUAGUUUUUGCCCCUGUGAUGGAAUUGGAAUCUGGCGCAAGCCUGAAUAAACAUCAAAGUCUAAGCAUCUCUGCUGUUGUUGUUGUGUGGUGUUUGGCUUUCAAAGUGUGAUGUUGUUUGUGAACACUUGAAUAAAAGUGUUUUGCUUCGCUUUCUUGUGUUCUAA